AUGGCGCCGGAGUGGCGGUACGGCGAUGGACCAGUCGUCCACCGCACUUACCUGGUCCGUGGUCGGCAGAAGGCCAGCGGCCUGCCGUAUUCUAUGACCAAUAAUAUUUUCGGAACGUCUCUUCAGUUCGUGACCAUUCGCGACCGCCAUUGUGCUCAAGUCGUCAGAACCAAGGCCUUCUGUCAGAGAACCGAGCAAGCGUCCCAGUCCUCGAAGGUGUGGACUGACUUGGGAAUGAUCAUGGGGCUCGAGGAGGACGUGAAGGAGCAUGUCCUGCACAAAAUCGGACAUACCGCGAAGAAGUAUGCCCAGACGAUGAUAAACGUGGAGCCGGCCGACAAAGACGACGACUAGCUGCUAGCUCUACUUGCCUAUGGUUGUGGAACAACCAUUGGCACCUUGGCGGAUCCGAGAAACGAGGUUCGUCAGGCAGGUGAGGAACUAUCGGUGGACGGUGUGGUGGUCUGCCAACUGCCGGCCACCAGGUUGGAGACCGUGGCCCUAAUGACGGCCGCCCACGCUGUCUUCUACACAAAGUUCACGGGGCCCUGCAGGGCCCUGUUCGAGAUUCUUUACCGGAGUGUGGG